AUGUCUGAGAGAUUCGGAGAUGCAUUUGAUGACCUUCCAAUGAAGUUGAAAGGCCCGGGGAGUAGAUUCAUGAAAGCGUUCGAAAGCAUCAAGAGGGACUUUGGCUAUUCCGAUGAGGAAAACGUGUUUGAAUUGCCGCUGAACAUGAAGCUAACAGAUGCGAAUCCGGAGCACUUCAAUGAUGAUGAGCGUCUAGUGCUCUUGAGCAGCGCGGAUCUUCAGAAGAUCUUCCGUCCAGUCGUCCAGCAAAUCCUCAAGCUGGUGCGCCAGCAGAUAAAAGCCGUAACGGCCGAGGCUGGCAAGAACGUUAUCAAUAGGAUUAUUCUUGCGGGCGGUUUCGGUGAUUCCGAGUACCUUCGGAGUGCCUUCAAGAGAUCAUUUUGGUCAACCAACAACAUCACGAUAACAGUUCCAGACAAUCCGCAAGCUGCCAUCGUCCAGGGUGCAGCCCUUCGUGGCCUUGAAGGUCUCCGGUCCAGCACCAAAAGAUGUCGCCGAAACUAUGGGUGGUCAUGGAGUGUUCCAUUUCGUGUAGGCCAAGAUCAAGACACAAACGCAUACUAUGACAGAUUUACUGGAAAGAAAAUGGCUUCAGGGGUUAUGAAAUGGAUGAUUACCAAGGGGGAGAGAUACGCCGAAAACCAUGUCUGCACAGCUUCCCUCUUUCGGUCCCAUUUGGAGGGGGAAGCGCUGAAGGCAAAUCUCACGCUCUACUCGAGCGAUCUUGACCAUGCUCCAGAGAGAGUCGAACAUCCUGACUUUACUGAGCUCGAUCUCUCCACAUUUGAACGGAAGAGCCUGCUGGGUACGCCACUCUAUAAGCUUCAAUAUGAUGUGAACGUCGUCUUCGGUGCUCAAGAGGGGGUUUUGAAAUUUGAAGCCGUCUCACAGGGCAAGGUGGUGGGCAAAACAAGCAUCAAUUUUCAUCGCCCUGGGUUCUAUUAA